AUGAUCGCUGCGAAGAAGUCCUUGUUGUGCAUCGCGCUGCACACCUUAGGGUACAGCCGACUGGCGCUAUCUGCUCCCAUGCAAGCGGGCCAUUCAAUCAAAGAAGCGGGGGAUGUGGGCCUUCAAUCCUCGAUCCGUUAUGAUGCAGACAUGGAGAAGGCGGCAUUAGACCACAGCGCAGCCGUUGAGUCUAACAAAGACCAGCAACAGGAAACUAUCCAGAAACUGUCGAUGUAUGAAGGUGAACAUCAUGGAAUGGGUGGAGAUGAAGCUAACAAGAGUCGCGGGGUUUCAGAGUUGGAAAGUGAAGAGAAUCUCCAAAAAUUCGCGGAAAACCCCAUGGGUUCGGAAAGCGAUAAGAACGGCGGCGAGUUGCUCCAGGAACUCUGGAGAAAGUACCCGGAUUUUGAUAAGGAGCCCGUUUCUGAAAUUCUGUCUGAGAUGCUGUCCUCCAUGACCCAAUUGCUUAAAAAUGUGGUGGGAUCAGAUAUUUCUUCCACACGUCACUACUUGAGGGAAAACCUAGCGGCAAUCCAAAAAUAUAGAGACUGGGUUAAGUCUGAAGAAGCAUCCGUCGGUAUAAUGGAUCAAGAUCGCCUCAAAUUCUUAAGUGACAUUGAUGAAGUAGCCACGGUGUUGAUUACAGAUUUUAAGCAACGGCUUGGGGUCAAUUGGGUACACCAGGCGGAUAAGGAUAUGUAA